GGUACGGGCCAAUAGUAAGGCUCCUUCAGCACCGCGCCGCCCAAUAGCAUUCGACUUUAUUGUGCGGCGGGCCGCGGAGUCGGCCCCUUUCUCGUCGCGGUUGAUAGUGGGCCGGGCUGCUGUUAUUUGCUGGAGUGUUUUUUUUUAUUACUCUAGAAGACAACCUGCACACUAUACUUACACUUUACACUCCUCAUCCUCGCAGUUUGAAAACAAAAAAUCAACAACGCCAAAGCGCCGAAAGAAAAGGGGUGAAAAACAACAAGAGGCAGCUUGUGGAGUGAAGUCCUCACAAAGCGUUAUUUUCUGCUGUGCGUUUUGAUUUUUACAGCAGAAGAGGCGCCGCUACACGCCGUGUUCGUGAACACGCAUCGCUUAGGACGAGCUCGUCGUAGUGUAUUGUUCAUAAGUGUUGGUACAACGACCACUAGUCGCACAGUGUUGGAAAUGUCGGAAUUCCUUGAAGACCCGUCGGUGUUGACGAAAGACAAGCUGAAAAGCGAGCUGCUGGCCAACAACGUGAUCCUGCCGUCCGGCGAGCACAGAAAGGAUGUCUACGUCCAGCUGUACCUGCAAAACCUCACGACCAGGAACACAGUUAUGAACAAGAGCAGCCCGGAGGCAUUUUCCAGCGACGAGGAGCAGGCAGCCCCCGUGGCGAGCAGCAGGAACCGGUCUGGACGGAAAGCCACAAAGAAGACAGACAAGCCCCGGCCGGAGGACCUGGACGUGACGCAGCUGACGACAGAGGAGCUAAAAGACGAGCUGAUGAAAUACGGGUUCCAGGCAGGACCCAUUGUGUCGUCCACCAGGAAGCUGUAUGAAAAGAAGCUGCAGAAGCUGCUGGACGAGGGCCACCUGGAGUCACAGCCAACCCCUCCACCACCAGCCCCCGCUGCAGGCAGCAACCAGAACGGCAACGCAGACUACGACCAGUACAGUGACAAGGAGCAAGAGGAGCUGCCCAAGCCAGUGCUGGAGAAGCGAGAGCCGCUGAAGAGCAAAGCAAAGCCCACGGCCAGCCUGCGCACACGCCGGCUCGAGCAGAACAGGAGUGUAGAGCAGGAGGAGGAGGAGACUGUCUCUGCGGUGGGGUUCCUCAAUGUGAAGAGAAGGAGCAGAGCGGUGCAGCAGGACCAGGCUGUGCCGGGCAGCGACGACACUGACCUGUCUGAGCUCUCUGCACCCGAGACCCUAGCCAGGGAGAGUAGGGACCCUGGGAGCCCCAAACGAGGGGCCCUUCUGGGGGGCAAAGUCAGCGACUCCCCACGAUCCACCAGGAAGACCACAGUAGAAGAGAUCCCAGAGCCCCUAGUAGUGAGACGAGUGCGUGAUGUCAGUAAGGGCCUUGGAUCCAAUGAGCUCCCCCAGAUUCAACCACAACCCACCCAGCCCCCUAAUGAAAGCAGCCCCGGGACACCAAGGAAACUGAGCGCACACCACAAAGAGAGUGAGGAGGAAGAUUGGCGUGACACCACAGAGACUCCCCCUGCCAGGCAGACAAAGAUCCCUCGUCCUGCGCCUGUGACCCUGCUGGACACUGCCCUGCUGGACACUGCCCUGCUGGAGGUGGAGGGACGGACAGCAGGAGGGGACUACGUCGAGCAGACCCAGGAGAGGGACAUUCUCAAGGAGAUGUUUCCCAACCAAGUGGCAACACCGACUGGAAUCAGCGCUACCUGUCGCAGGCCGAUCCGCGGUGCGGCGGGACGCCCCCUGGACAGUAGUUUGUUCCAGCUGGACGACUCGCUGCUGCUCCGCUCCCAGACCAGCUACCGCUCUGACCUGAGGACAGAGUCCUUCAAACCAGCCAGCCCUGCUUUCACUACAACCAAAACCAACUCGUCCUCCUCCUCCUCCGCCGGCGACUCCGCGGCGUCGCGCCGCUCUUUCCCCGUCUGGAUCCAGCUACUCCUGCUCUCCCUGGUCGCCGGCUUCCUCUUCUUCAUCUACCAAGCCAUGGAGACCAACCACAUGAACCCCUUCACCCAGGACGCCCCUGCCGCUGCCCCUGCUGCCUCUACUCCCCAGGUCCAGGACCAGUGAGACUCCUGUGCCCUGCUCAAUCCACUCCUCUCCCUGCCGUCCUUCUCUACAUACCAGAAGCUGGUUUAUCGUGAUCUGCUACUUUUUUUGUUUUACGGUUUCUGAUUUAUUUUUAUUUUUCCAGCUAUGCUGAGAGUCAGUAGUCCGGUAACUGGUACCUCAGUAAUUUCACAGUGUAAGCACCCUUGUGGAAAUGAUCAGUAGCUUCCAGUGAGCACACAGAGAGGCUAGUGUGUAGCCCAGUAGGCCUCCUGGGUCAGAAUGGCAGUUCUGCAACUUACUGAUUUACUGUGCGUCUCUUGUGAGACUGCAGGGAUGGAAAUGAGACUCCUAUUGCAUAGCAGUUGGAUGCAGUCCGGAUUUUACUAUUGGUCUAAUAACACGCCUGAGCUUGUUCCCUAUACACUGUGACUAAUCAAGCUCGUAUUAUAACCUGGAAUGGGUGAAACUGCUUUGUAAUAGGAGUUGUAUUUCCGUUCCCGAGCUUUUUCAUGGGGUUGUUCAAUGUGCCUCUUCCCAAACUGUGAAGUCAGAUAGAAACCAGGCCUAUGCACUGAAAACUGCCUAGUCAUCCUGGUCUUCUAAAUGUGUAAUCCCAAGAAAGACUGGACCAAGAAAGCUUUCUUGUACAAGCAGAGAUCUGUUUUUCAGGGGGUAAAAUAUUGAGUGAGACAAUAAGUGAUCCUGAAGUAACUUUGUAUCUGUGUUUUAUUGUUUGGAACACAACAGGUCCUAAUGAAUUUGCAAUCACAGCUAUCGGUAUUUGAUUGGUUGAGCAAUCAAUCUCUUACAUUCUCACCUCAUAAAGAGUAGUAUCUUUACAAUCUGGAAGGGCUAAUCUUUGAUCUUUUUAUUAAUGUUUUAUUCUCUUGGUCUAGUCUCGGAAAGUUACAACACUUUUCCCUUCAUUUCUAAAAUAAAAAAUAAACUGGGCUGGUAUAGUGUGAAUUUUUUUCUUUUAUAUUUAUCACGUUUGAUCAGGUUUCUUGUAGCUGUGACUGUCUAUCUAUGCUGGGACAUCUCUCAUGUUCAGACACUGUUCAACUCCUUCAGCACAAAGCAACUCUACAGAAAGCCUACACUAGGAUAACCAAUGAAAGUUUCAGUGACACAGAUAUACUUGUUAGGAUGUUUCUGAGAAUUAGUGUACUAGUCUGCUCUUUCAUUCUCUUUCCUGUACUAUUGGAACAGAUUGCAGUUCUGCGUGCAGGUACCUUACAAAGCCCUCUAUACAGCUCUGCAGUUCUGAGUGCAGGUGUCAUGCAAAUACCUCUGUAGGUCUGCAGUGCUGGAAAAGUUAACCAUUCUAAAGGUGUGUGUUAAAGUGUUGACUGGCCUCUAGGGAAUUAUUCCCAAAUAAAUGUACAUGUGCGCUGUCCUAAGUGGUAAACUGAGGAUUUAAAAAUAAUUAAAUAAUAAUGGUUUGUCCCUUUUUAUAGUAGUAAUAGUAACAUCAGGGUUGUUCAGAAUGGUUAAUGUUAAAAGUAGAGAACGUGCUGCAUGUCCACAAGCUGGUGUCCGAUGGUGUUUCGAGUGUUUGCUUUCUUUUUGUCUGCCAGGAGUGUGUUUGUUUGUUUUUGUUUUUGUUUUGUUUUUUUAAAGGAAGAAAUAAAAGAAAACAAACAUUUAAGAAGAUGAAAACUAAACGACUACGACAAAAGAAAUCAGGCUACUACGAAUAUUCUUGGACUUCUGAUCUGGACAUUCAUGCCAUGUUGAAGUAGGACCGGUUUUUAACAGUUUGUCUGAGGGAGAAUUUUUUUUUUUUUUUUUUUUUUGUAAACUGGUAUUUUUCUAAUGCGAGCGUCUUUAAAAAAUAAUAAUAAUAAAAAAUAAAAAAAGAAAAAUGAAAUGUUUAAUAAUGAAAUAAGACAUGUAAAGAAAUUGAUUGCAGUAAGCUGUAGCGUAAUAAUGUGAAACAGCUGGCUUAUAUGCUUUACAAUUACACAUGUAUUUAAGAAGUAAUAAUAACCAUGAAAGUUUCCAUACAGUGUAUUGCAGGAUUUGAUUUGUUUUCACUCCUGUGGGAGGGGGCUGGGGUCUGGGUAGAAUAUUUGGCCAGGGGGAGGGUAAACCUUUUGUACAUGACUUUAUAUGUAGCAGUUGAAAUACUUUAGCCACAGACCUUGUUGUAGAAAUCAAAAAUAAAAUGUCAAACUAAAA